UAGCUCUGUCAGCAUCAGAGCAGCCUCCGACUGCGACCGGUUGCACGUCCAGCAUCCCUUGCCGCGUUCACGUUCCGUAUCUCGAUCUGUGACAGUUCAUCUGGCGGUUUCGUAAAAGUGUCGGAUCAGAUAAGGCCGACGUUUUACUUCAGAACUGGACUGUAUAUGAAGUUAGGGGCCAAGAUGUUGCCGUGACUUGGUAUCCGGACAUUCUUGGUUAAGAGAAGUGAAGUGCGUGGAGGAUUAAGCCGAAUUCCAAUGGCGACCUCUCUUACUGGAGUCGGUAUUCUGUGGGCUACUUUGUCCCUUGCGGCCGCAUUGUUAUGCUGUUCAGGAUUCUAUCUGCCGUUUUGGAUUCAGGGUCGUUUGCUCGGCAGAGUGGAUGCAUAUUUCAGCUCCUUUCGCCGGUGUAAUUACCCUCGUGUGAACCCUCAGGGUGUUGUUGAAAUUGUGGAGGAAUGCGGUCGAUACUCCAGAUUUUGGGAUAUCCCCAGUCCAUGGUGGCAAGCAAGUACCAUACUUGUUGGUACGGGGAGUGCACUCAGUUUACUGAUAGCUGUCACAGCAAGUGCUGCCUGCUGCAUAACAUAUGUCAUUCACUCAGGCAAUGCGAAAAUUGCAGGAUCUGCACAACUUUUAUCAGCUCUUCUGGUGGUAGGGGGAGCAGCGGUCUACCCUGUGGGAUGGGACAACAGAGAAAUGCGGGAGUCAUGCGGGAAUAGCAGUCAUAUAUAUAGACUAGGUGAAAGCCGGCUCGUUUCGGAUCUGAGUGUACAGCGUAGGCAUGUUACGGAUCAACGUGUAGCCCUCCGGUUGGCGAAUCAGGUCCCAAUGACGAACUCCAUAGAGUGCAUCGAAGAGUCGGCUGGGACCUCAAAGAAUCAACUGCCGUUGAAAACCAUCCACGCGGAUAUCGAGAACGUGCCGCUUUCACCCGUGAUCGGUGUUGCGAACAUUAGUGAUGCCGUGAAAAGUUUGCCCAAAUGUCUGAUGCAUACGGACGGAGCAGUCUUCGACUGAUUGCUACUUUCGGGACAGUCUAUACACUGAUAAACGUACCCACAUGAAAUGAAAUAAGGGAUAGGUUUACCUAGAGUUUGAAGAGAAUUAUGUUAACAUUCUAAAAAUCCGUUAUGUCAUAGCCGUCUUUUUUCAAUUGAUACUAUACAUCCUAUAUAUCGACCAAUUUGAAGGCGAAGGCUAUAUAAUGAGCGACACUUGGCAAACUAUACUUUUUCAUAUGAAUUUCGUUACUUAUUAUCACAGAAAAAAGAGUUUGGGUAAAACAAAUUCACUGAAACUGAAACCUUCAAAACAAGAAAUCGCUAAUAAAGGAUAGUACCUAUCUUUCCAAAAUGAAAUAUGGAGUAACCUCUUGUACAGUGCAUCCCAUUUUGGGUGAGACAGCCAGGUUUCUCGCUUGUUAUUUAAGAUAGAGCCUUGCUGUUUUC